UUUUCGGUACGUUUUCGUUAUUAUUGACGCCUUCUCAAAGUACUGCCUUUUAAUACCAAACGUCGAGAUAACUUCGUUAACAUUUAAAGAAAACUUGUUAAAAACCAUUUCUUUGUUUGGAACCCCAAUAAGAUUAAUAAGUGACAAUGAGUCAUUUAUCAAUAAAUCCAAUAAAAAAUUUUUAGAAGAAUGGAGAAUAAAUCUUCAUCUGACAACACCUCACGGACACCGAUCCAAUGGACAAGUAGAACGGUACAUGUCAACAAUAGCUGACAUGUUAAGAAUAGAGUGCAGAAUUAAUACGAGUAAUUGGGCCGACAAAUUGUGUAAAAUACAGUUGGUACUAAACACCACAUACCAGAAAUCAACUGAAUAUACACCAUUGCAAUUAUUAAUCGGACGAGAAAGUUCUGUUCCAGCCGUUGCAGCAAUCCUAAAUGACCUGGCGACCAAGGAAAUAUCUCCAAAUAAAAGAAUCGCAAGAGAAAAGGCCGCCCAAUCCCUCAAGAAAAAUGCCGCAUACCAAGAAGAACGCUCAUCCAAAGCCGUUAUGCCCCAGUUUAAGGCCGGAGAUUUGGUCGUUAUUCUGCGGUCGGCUAACGAGCGACAUAAACUAUCAUCCCCGUGCAAGGGACCCUAUGAGGUAGUCGGCGAAAAGUCCCCGGGCAAAUACGUCCUAAAGGGCGUUUCUGAUCUCCUCAGGAACACAACUACAAUUGCUUCGGCAGAACACCUUAAAAAGUGGACAACGGAAUGGUUCCCAGAACUGUGUGAGGCCUUGAUAAACGAUGACAAUGAUGUUGGGAACGGAUCUGAAAAGACUCUCCGAUGAGUGGACCUCGAGGGCGAGAUCCGGUCAGGAUUGGCCUUGUUAGCUGCAUUCUAUGUAUGCUUUCCAAAAACAGCCACCAGACUAGAGCCACUGUCGCGGAUCCAGAAAACA